CUUCUCUGUCCACUCACUAUUUGUACCACCAGCAUCAACUACAUUCCUUACCAAAAUACCAACACCACCACCACAAUGGUCGCUCUUUCCAACAUUCUCCUCGCUCUUUCCGCUGCUUCGGGCGCCCUGGCGGCCCCAAACCGUCUUGCUCUCAUGGAGAUGGCCAAGCGCAGCCUGACCACCUCCAGCGAGGGCACCUCGAAUGGGUACUUCUACUCCUUCUGGACGAACAAUGAAGGCUCCGUCACCUACACCAACGGUAAUGCUGGCGAAUACUCUGUGGAAUGGAGUGAUGCUGGCAACUUUGUUGCCGGUAAGGGCUGGAGCACCGGCAGUGAUCACGACAUCACCUACACCGGUACCUGGACCCCCACCAACAACGGCAACAGCUACCUCUCCGUUUACGGCUGGACCACCAGCCCCCUGGUCGAGUACUACAUCGUCGAGCACUACGGCGACUACAACCCGUCUAGCGGAUUGACCCAGCUGGGCACCGUGACCAGCGACGGCAGCACCUACAAGAUCUACGAGUCGACCCGCACCAACGCCGCCUCCAUCGAGGGCACCAGCACCUUCAAGCAGUACUGGUCCAUCCGCGACGACGCCCGCGUCGGCGGCACCGUCACCACCAAGAACCACUUCGACGCCUGGGAGAACCUUGGCCUCGAGCUCGGUACCUUCAACUACCAGAUCGUCGCCGUCGAGGGCUACGAGAGCAGCGGCUCCGCCGCCAUCACCGUCGAUAGCGCCACGCACACCACCCUUACCACUCAGUCGACCGUUGCUACCGCCGCUACUGAGGAGGAUGAGGAGGACUGCUAGGCUCUGACUUUCUGAAUUUCCAAUCGAGGUCGCUGUAUAUAGGGUCCCUGGGAUGGGCGAUUGGAUGCCAAUAGCACACCUUGCGUCAAACUUGACGGAUAGCGGGAAUCCUUAGUCUCCCAUGCGGUCGGGUGGGAAAGAACAUCUCUUGUCCCCAGUAUCGUCUUCUAGCCUAAGUUUGGUAAUCCACAAGCUCAGCCAUGGACGUGAAUGAAACGGGGCUAGAGGUUAUGAUAGAUCCCUUGCCCUCUGUAGGUCUUUAUUCUGAUCACAGGUAUGCAUCCCCAGCAGCCACAAGGUAGAACGCAAGCAUGUGACAGUACAACCCGGCGCACCGGCGCAGGCCACCCCCGAGAACUGGCGAACCUGAGCUGGUAAGCUCGGUCUCUUCUUCUGUUCCACAUGUAUGAAUUCACCGCAAGCGAGGGUCGCGGCUGUGACACAGACGGCGGGGUCGAAGUAAAUGAGUACAUCAUCGUUGGACGCCAGGAUUGGGG